CUUGUUUCCUCGCUAUGGUGAGGAGGGUCAUCGAAACCCUCGCCUCUCUCAACUUCCUUUGCUUUUCAUCAUCUUCAUUAUUAUCGAUCGAUCUUCCCUCCUUUUUUCGCUCUCUUCUUCUUCUUCACUCUCUCCGGCCGGCGGCAGUUGAGAUUUCCGGCGAUUGGCUGUGAUGGGUUCCCGCCAUUUCCUCACCGGAGAUUAGCCGCCGGAAUCUGAUAUUCUUCUAUUCAAUCCCUGUAUAUUCAUGGCAUCGGCCGUUUUGGCGAGUAGAAAUGAACCGUACUGGGGAGAACGCAAGGUUUAUAUGAGGAAAUACACCAACAGUUCCAACAACAAGCCUCGUUUCAACAACUUCAACCCUGACCCUAUCAAUACCAGCCCUAAUCGACUCCCCAACAGACAGAUCCAUGAUUCUUCUUCUACCAAGACUCAUGCUUGGCACAACGACCAACCACCCCUGAGGCCUGCUCCGCCCGACGACUCGUCGGAGCUUAAUUGGAAACCUAAUGACCCCAACGCCCAUGGAGAAUCGUCUCACGGGGGUUAUUUGACCUUCAAUCUCGCAGCGUAUUCGAAGGCGGAGCUCAAAGAGCUUAAGAGACGCCUGCGCUCGGAGUUGGAACAGGUCCGUGGCCUUAGGGCUCGGAUCGACAACCACCGUGGCAGGGACGAUUACAGAUCUGGAUAUCAUGGAGGCGGCAGAGACGCCGCAUCUGUGGUUCCCCGGCCGCCGCCGCUUCAGCUUGAUUCUGCAAUAGGGUCCCCUGCUGCUGCCGCUUCCGGUUCGAAGGAAAAACGAACCCCAAAGGCAAAUCAGUUUCAACCGCCGGCUGAUUUUGCUACCGGAAAGAACAAGAAGGUUUCAGGGCUGAAACGUGCGUUUCCAUUCGUGUCUGGUAGAGAUCCGAAGCGGCAUGUGGCGACGGAUUCGCAGAUGGAUAAGCUGUUGACGAGCAUGAUGAGAAGAUGCGGACUGAUCUUGGGGAAAUUGAUGAAGCAUAAGCAUGGUUGGGUUUUCAAUACACCUGUUGAUGUGGUUGGUUUAGGGCUUCACGACUACCACCAGAUCAUCAAGCAGCCGAUGGAUCUGGGGACUGUGAAGUCAAGGCUCAGUAAGAAGGAGUAUGUAUGGCCGCUGGAUUUUGCUUCGGACGUGAGAUUGACAUUCAACAAUGCCAAGACGUACAAUCCAAAAGGUCAGGAUGUUUAUGUCAUGGCUGAAACGCUACUGGGUUUGUUUGAUCAGAUGUUCAAUCCGGCGUAUAAGAAGUUCGAGGCUGAGCACCAGCGUGUGGUUGCAGCAGAGCAAGUCAACCAGAGGAUUUGGGCUCCGGCACAGGAACCAGUAAUAAUGGAGGAGAAUGUAAGGAGAAGCUUGCCCCAACCGGCUGCAAUGUUGAAGAAAUCUGAUUCAAUGCGUGUACAAGAGACAUUGCCAAGUCCACUGGCAGUUGAGGAGGUGGAGGCGGUGGUUGCGCCUGUUUCAAUACCUCCUGCUGCUGCUGCUGCAAAACCUGUGGUUAUGCCGAGAUCGACACAGAAGCUUCCGAAGCCCAAGGCGAGGGAUCCAAACAAACGGCAAAUGAGCUUUGAAGAGAAAGCGAGGUUGGGGUUGAACUUGCAGAACCUGCCGUUGGAGAAGAUGGAUCAGAUGUUGGAGAUCAUAAAGAAGAGGAACUCUCAUAUGGCGCAAGAGGGGGAUGAGAUCGAGCUCGACAUUGAAGCCCUCGACAAUGAGACUCUGUGGGAACUAGAUAGGUUUGUGAGUAAUCACAAGAAGGCAGAAAGCAAGAUGAAGCGGCAGGGGCUUAUGAACAAUGUGGUUUUGACAGCACCAAUUGCAGCACCGAUCAACAAGUCUCCAGUGCGGGAGCCGACUCCGGAAGCAGUAGGUGGUGGCCAGAAGAGCAGGAAAGGUGAUGCUGGGGAGGAAGAUGUUGACAUUGGAGAGGAGAUUCCAAUCAACAAUUUCCCUCCAGUGGAGAUUGAGAAAGAUGUUGCUAAUGGCAGUAGUAGAUCAAGUAGCUCUAGCAGCUCGAGUUCUAGUAGUGAUUCCUCCUCUUCUAGUGGUUCAGAUUCGGCGAGUUCUUCAGGGAGUGAUUCCGAUGAAGAUAGCGUACAGUCGCCCUUUGUGGAAUCAAAGGAAGCUAGCUAGUGUGGCCUAAUAAUACCAACAGUUGAGAUGGUGAGGAACACCGAAUGAUGCACCGUUUUGAAGUUAUAUCUUGGAAGUGAGAUGAAUGGAAGUUUUGAGUGUGAAGUGUUUGUGGGUUCUGUGUAGUCCUGAUGUUUUGGACCUGAGUUGGGGUGGAAGUGGUGGUGGGAAAUGGAGGUUUCUCUUGGGAUGGGUGUGCUUUGCUUUGGACUAGAAACUGGGCAAGAAGUAGUGGUGGAAAUAUAAGUCGUAAUUGGAGCCUGGAGGCUUGUGGGGUUGGGAUUUGGGUUGAACUUUUGUAGCAUAUAUGUAAAGACAAUGACCAGAAUCAGAAAAAGGAAAUGUUAGUUUAGGAUGACCAGAGAUGAUUGUAGGAAUUUAGAGAUGAAGAUAGAUUGUUCUGUAAAGCAGUUUAGUGAGAAGAGGUAGUUGAGAGGCCCCCAAAACAAAACUUGGUUGAAGGGAGGGGGCUUGGAACUUUUUUUUUCUGUUCUUUUCUUUUUUGGGUUUUAUCAUACCGAGAGUAAGACCACCAUAUUGAUUUUCGAAGUGGUGAAGCAGCAGCAUAUCAGGAAUAUAUGUACAGGAAAUCUUGGAGAAAACAAAAUGAAAUUCUGGCACUCUUUGUUGUUGCUCACCCAA